GGCGCCGCUCCACCUAUACUUACCCUGUACCGCAUCCUAUCUCUGGCUCUCCUCCUCGCUGCACCGACGCCUGCGACACACGAACGAACCGGGCGGGGCCUCAUCACGACGACGGCUUGAUCCCCACCCCACGCUUGACCCCUCGCUGUCAUGACUUCCACUACCUCCGCGUCGGCGAGUGCGUCGACCACGGCGUCCGCCAGCUUCACGGUCGGCAGCAAUCUCAAAGUCGUGGGCAUCAUCCUCGCCGUUGCUAGCGGCCUCCUUAUCGGUUCGAGCUUCGUCUUCAAGAAGAAGGGGUUGUUGCGCGCGCAGGCCGGGCACGCGGCCGGUGAAGGCGUAGCGUACCUGAAAUCGCCGUUAUGGUGGCUAGGCAUGACAAUGAUGAUCUUGGGCGAGCUAUGUAACUUCGCCGCUUACGCAUUCGUCGAGGCCAUCGUCGUCACACCCAUGGGCGCGCUGUCCGUCGUCAUCUGCGCCAUCCUCUCCUCCCUCUUCCUCAACGAGAAAUUGAGCCUCUUCGGCUGGCUCGGCUGUAUCCUAUGCAUCCUCGGCUCGACCAUCAUCGCUUUGAACGGUCCGAAGGAGCAGUCCGUUGGCCAGAUCACCAAAUUCCAGAAACUCUUCCUAGCGCCCGGAUUCCUCGCGUAUGGCGGCACGCUCAUCGCUAUAUCGCUCGCCAUUGUAUUCUAUUUUGCUCCUAGAUACGGAAAGAAGAACAUGCUGUGGUAUAUCAUGGUCUGUAGUAUGAUAGGCGGUAUCAGCGUCAGCGUCACCACCGGCUUGGGGGCUGCGAUCGUUACCACCGCCUCGGGCGAUAAUCAGUUUAAGCACUGGUUCCUCUAUUUCCUCAUGGUGUUCGUUGCCGUGACACUUAUUACGGAAGUAUAUUACCUGAACGUUGCUCUUGCAUUGUUCAAUACUGCUAUGGUCACGCCGACAUAUUAUGUCAUCUUCACGUUCUUUUCCAUGUUGACUACCAUCGUCUUGUUCCAAGGAUUGUCAGCAUCCGUGACACAGAUCCUCACCAUCGUCAUGGCCUUCUUCACCAUCUGCGUCGGCAUCACCAUCCUCCAGAUGUCCAAAGUGGACCCGACGCAGUUCAAAUCGCUCGACAGGCGGUCCACGAUGCUCCUCCAGGCCGCCCGCGCGCAUACGCAAGAGGUGGACGAAGAGAAGCUCACCGGGGUCGAAGAUCCGGGCAUCGACGCGCUGCGUGGCAGCUUCGGCACGAUGGGCAGCAUCAUACGCGCGAAGAGCGCGCGGCGGUUGAGCAUGAGCAGCCGCGCGAGCACGCUCCGGAGCCGGCCGGACGGCGCGCGGCACCGCGAGGACCGCGAACACGGGCUGAGCGCGACGAUGAGCAGCCAGGGCGAGGGCGGCCUUCGGGACGGCAUGCGAAGACACAGGCUGUUCGACAACCCGAUGCCCGACUUCGACGCGAAGCGCGGGAGCGAGUACAGCCAUCGGUCCGACGCCGAGCUUAGGAGCGUCGCACUCUCCGACGGCGUGCCGCCGCUGCCCGGUACCCCCCAGCAGCACCCGAACAGGACGCCGACGAUCAAGUUCGAUAACCAGGACCUGGUACACCAGUACGACCCCGCCUUGCGGGGCCCGUCCGCCGCGACGCACGAGCGACGACCGAACGUGGCCCGCGGGACCUCGGCGUACAGUGGGAGCAGCAUCGUCGCGAGCCCGAAGGAGGAGAUCGUGGAGAUCGUGGAGCAGCCGAGCCGGGAGAACCUCCUGGGCGGGACGGACGAGAGCGAGGACGAGGCGGCGCGGAUAGGCGUCGUCAAGGCGCGCAGCCCGGAUCGGCUCUACCGCCCGCACGCGCGGGACCCGUUUGAGCGCGGCGGCGGUGUGCCUGCGGACUCGCUCGACUCGAUCGCGACCCAGGCCGGCGCGGAGAGCACGGACGAGGAGGAGCGGACGGAAGGGCGCGGGCUCACGACGCCCAAGCGCGGGUUCGCGGGCCUGCACCUCCCGGCGGGGAACAGAAACGCAAGGACACCGAGCCCGAGACGGUAUCCGAAGGGCCCCGAUCAAGAGGAUGACCUGAACGAGAGCAUCGGGCUGUGGCAUCGUGCCAACGACAGCCUAGGCUCAGACCCGGAGGACGACCAGCGGACGGUGAGGCCGGAGCAUCAGCGCGAGACGAGUGGCGGAAUACGGCUGGUGACCAGACCGCCGGUCGGGAGCACGGAUAGGUUCUAGAGUUGAUCCCUCUUUCUCUCGCUGUGGGCUGCGCUUAGCAUCUGGAGAUGUAUCACCACCACCACCACCACCACCACCACCACCACCACCACCUGGCGCUCCGUUCUCUUCUUGUGUGCCAGUGGGCGAAGGACCCUAGCUUUCGGUUUUCUUUCACUAUUGUAUUGCAUUCGGACUGGCGUUGUUUUACAGUAUCUAAGUGCAUAUUGUGUUGCACUGUCGUACACGACUAACGAACUCAUCAUGAUACCUACAGUUUACGUAGAUACGGGCUGCGUGCUAGAUUCCCAGUAGCGGUAUUCGAUCCCACCAGUGAGUGCGCAUGUAACUCGCGCAGAGGAGACG